AUCGAACGCUGUAUCACCACCUCGUACCCAACGUGGACAACAUCUACAUUACCUCAAUAUGGAUUUCAGUACAACUCAGAAAAAUGAUUUCCAGUGGCCUUUUCCGAAACCUGUUGUUGGGAGGCCAUGUGAACCUCCGAGUCCCAACCCCAAGCCACCUCCACGUCCACCGCCAGUAACGCCGUACUGUCAUUGUGAUUCGCAUUCCUACUCACCAAGAGAGGAACAGUACAAACAAUUGCUUGAAAAGGAGCAGAAACUAUGUCAGGAUUAUGAGCAGUUGCGGAAACAGAUGGUGGACGUUACCAAUGAUAUCCUGGACCAUCCCUGCGAUGAUCUUGACUCCAAAAUGUCGACUAUGUACCAAUCCACGUAUAAAAAAAGAUCAUUCCCGAUAACGGAUUACCGUAAAAUUAUGGCAGCAGUCCAGUCUAACGCGCCAAUCCCCAUGGAACCUCACCGUUUGGGUGCACUACGUUGUUACAAGGAUCCAACCAACUUCUCAGACAAGCCACCGACCGUCCGUCCAACCAUUCAUCCACCACCUAAAGUCCAUACUGGAGUUUCACCACUAACUCUGACCACGUACUUCACUCCGUUCCCUGGGAGAUCUGAAUAUAUGGACACAUAUAGUGCCACGGCCAAAGCCUGUUGGAUGUCAAUGCAAAGAUACAAGGAACCAAUGCCGUCCACCAGAAAACGUGCCGAUGACACUUGUGUGUAAAUUACAAAAAAAUGAAAAAUUUUAUGAAAAUGGUAAGUGGAAGUGUUCUUUUAGAAAUAACUGUAUCUUCGAUGAAAAAAGAUAAUGUUAUUACCAUAAAAUAAAAAGUGUAAAAUGUAAAACU